AAUGUUGUACAAGUACCAACUGUUAUUUCUAUGGUGGGACUUCCAGCUCGCGGCAAAACUUACAUGUCCAAAAAAUUGACAAGAUACCUCAAUUGGAUUGGUAUUUCUACUAAAGUAUUUAAUGUUGGUGAAUAUAGAAGAGCUGCAACAGAUAAAUAUAAAUCUCAUGAUUUCUUCCGUCCUGAUAAUAAAGAAGCACAGGAGAUAAGAACGAAAUGUGCUCUGAUGGCAAUAGAGGAUGCUUGUAAAUUUUUACAAAAUGGUGGAGAAGUGGCUGUUGUAGAUGCUACCAAUACUACCAGAGCUAGGAGAAAGAUGUUAGUAGAAGUAUUCACAAUACAACACAACUUUAAACUAUUCUUUGUAGAAUCUUUAUGUGAUGAUAUCAAUAUUAUAGAAGCUAAUAUAUUGGAAGUAAAAGUCUGUAGUCCAGAUUAUUUAGGAGUAGAUAAAAAUGAAGCUGUGAAAGAUUUUUUACAGAGAAUAGAACAUUACCGUGAAACAUAUGAAGCCUUAGAUUAUAAUUUAGAUAGUGAUAUGUCUUUCAUUCAAAUUGUUAAUCAAGGUGAUAGAUUUUUAGUUAAUAAAUUAGCUGGACAUUUACAGAGUCGUGUUGUAUAUUAUUUAAUGAAUAUUCAUGUGUUACCCCGCACAAUUUACUUAACAAGGCAUGGUGAAAGUGAAAUGAAUUUAUCUGGUAGAAUAGGUGGAGAUAGUGAUUUAUCAGAGAGAGGUCAAGAGUAUGCUAGAAAAUUAGCCCAGUUUGUAGAAGAAGAAAAGAUACCAAAUUUAAAAGUUUGGACGAGUCAAUUAAAACGUACUAUCCAGACAGCUAUAAAUAUUGAUGCUCCAAAAGAACAUUGGAAAGCUUUGAAUGAAAUAGAUGCUGGGACCUGUGAAGGGAUGACAUAUGAAGAGAUACAAGAAAAGUUUCCAGAAGAAUUUGCUUUAAGAGACCAAGAUAAAUUCCAUUAUAGAUAUCAGAGUGGAGAGUCAUAUCAAGAUUUGGUGGCCAGAUUAGAACCAGUAAUAUUAGAACUAGAAAGACAAGAAAAUGUAAUGGUUGUUUGUCACCAAGCUGUGGCUAGAUGUUUAUUGGCCUAUUUUCAAGAUAAAACUUCAGACGAUCUUCCGUACCUGAAAGUUCCAUUACAUACGGUGAUAAAGCUUACACCGGUAGCUUAUGGUUGUAGAGUUGAAUAUGUUUCAUUAAAUAUUGAAGCAGUGAAUACACAUAGAGAACGACCAAAGACUGUUAUACCUAGUGGUAGUAGUAAUAAAAUCAAAAUGAAAGAACCUGCAACAUGUUCACAUUGAGAUGAUAACUGUCGUAAUUAAUGACUGGAUAUUCCUCAACUGAUAUACUAUUUACUAUCGUAUAACAACUAAUCAGUAUCCCUAGGUGAAUUUAUACAUAUCAACCAACUGAACAAUUAACAUUCAACAAUAAUACAAUGAUAUUUGGGUAUUUAUGAUAUACAGUGAAAUCAUUUUUUUUUUCGGAAUCAGUUUACCAUUUGAAAUUCUGUCUUCAAACAAAAUGUAAGAAAAUGUAGUACCGGCACUGUGAUUUUCUCUAACAGUAUUAAUUGAUG